CAGCCCAAUUUUUCUUCUGGAUUCUCUCUCACAGCCUGAGCCCACGCAGUUUCGUGGUCAAUCUCUCGGUCAUAUGAAACCCAAACUCCGAGCCACAGACCAAGGCACCUCCCCUCCGCGCGAAGAAUCAGAUAGUUCAUUUUUCUUGGCAGAAAAUUUACAGAUUUCCAUUCCCUCCACAAAUGCAAAUACCCAGAUGGAGAAACGUCUUGCUCCUCAAGAAUUCAUUGGUUUCAUCAACUUCUGCAGCUACCCGUUUCGCUUCAUUCCAUUCUACUCCUGCUUCGUGUGAGAAGUGGAAGAACAAAUGGACCUUUGAUGUAAAAAGCAGUCAACAACCAACAAAGAGUUACAUCAGAUACGAAACACGUCAGAAGCGUGCUGAUGCAAAGAAGGCCCUGAAAAACCUCCUCUUCAACAGUGGGUCCUCUAAAGGUUUAUUCCAUGACAUUCAGAAUGAAGAUUUUUCGGGUAGCCCUCCUAAGAAACAUAGAUCAAGAUCUUCUCGACAUGCUGAGAAAUCGCAACAAAAGAAAAUGAAAAGGAAGUUUAAAAGAGAGAGUUUCUCUGAAGACUAUGACAAUGAUCCUGAGAAAAUCUUUCGGGCGACAUUUGGAAAGAAAUGGUACACCUGGUCUUUUAACUCACAACGUGACUCUUCUUACCAAGAUUCAGAAUCUGGAUUUGAGUGGAGAGAGCAAUCGAGCUGGAGAAGUAGAAGUAAGAGAUGGGAGAAUAGUAGUGACACAGAAUCUGAUGAUAAAUCAUGUACUAUAGGAUCAUUUUCUGAUAGAACAAUUCUCGGUCUGCCUCGAACAGGUCCUUUAAAGACCGAAGAUGUUAAAAAAGCUUUCCAUUUAUCAGCUUUAAAAUGGCAUCCUGACAAGCAUCAAGGCACUUCACAGGAAAUCGCCGAAGAGAAAUUUAAACUUUGUCUUAAUGCCUACAAAUCUCUGUGCAAUGCAUUAACCCCGGCCUAAGCCUCGGCGUCAGAAGGUUCCGGUUAUGUGCGUUCACGAUUCAAAUCGAGCUCUUGCUCUCGCGUAGGACCGCGGGUGUAUGAUUAACAUUAUUGUUUAUUUCAUCCAGUUAGUAUUAAUAUUCUGCGCAUCAAGUGGAGUUGUCAUUAGCAUGUCUGUUGAAUGUUCACUUGGGUGGGUUCAUCAUCCUUUUCAAAUACAAAUUCCAAUUCAAACAAUGGAUUUUCUAUGA